AUGUCAGAUUCAUCGAGUAAUGUUGCAAGAGAGGCAGCACAUCUCCCCAGCCGCCCCAGCUAUCUCAAGCUAGUUUUAGACCAAACCUUGAUUACCAGUCAAGUCCGAGACUACGACUACCCCGGCAGCGGGACGACUAAAGAUCCAUACCUGGUGGACUGGCUUCCCAACGACCCAAAGAAUGGCUUCAACUUGCCACCAGCUAUCAAGUGGACCAUUGUCUUGAUCUGUGCCUUCAGCACGCUAGCCUGCUCUUUGUCUUCGACAAUAUUCGCUGGUGCAAUCAUUCAGAUUGAGGACUUCUUCCAUGUAAAGGAGGAGAUAGCCAUUCUCAGUGUCUGUCUAUAUGUACUGGGUUUCGCCCUUGGCCCCGUUCUUUGGGGCCCGCUCUCUGAGCUUUACGGCCGCCAAUCCAUCUACCUUGUUACCAUGGGCGCGUCGGUUUUGUUUGAGGGCGCGGCGACUGCCAGCAAGUCAAAUGAGGUCGCUGCCUUAAUUAUACUUCGUUUUUUAGUGGGCUCCUUCAGCUCCGCCGCCAUCUCUAACUCGCCUGGUGUGGUUGCCGACAUCUUCGCACCGGCGGAGCGUGGACUCGCCGUCAUGGUUUACUCCAUGUUCCCUUUCCUUGGCCCAACCCUGGGCCCCAUCUGCGGCAACUUCCUCGCUGCUGCUGCUGGGUGGCGAUGGGUUAAUGUACUGUGCACUGUCUUCUUCGCUUUGAUGUUUGUUCUCGGUCUGGUCUUUAUGCCUGAGACCUAUGCGCCCUAUAUCCUACGACGUCGCGCCAUGAUAAUGAGCAAGAAGACUGGUAAAAUCUAUGUCAGCAAACUCGAUGUCGGUCUGCCGCCAAAGACUCUCACUGCGACAUUGAGCACGGCCAUCACGAGGCCUAUCAUCAUGGCGAUAUGGGAACCAAUAUCGACAGCCAUGGCUGUGUAUGCUGCCAUCAUCUAUGGAAUUCUCUACCUUAUUUUUGCCGCCUUCCCUAUUAUUUUCAUCGAUGAUCGCCACUGGAGCCAAGGUGUAUCCGGCUUGUCCUAUAUUGGCAUCAUGAUCGGUCAGAUUCUUGCUGUGCCCUUCUAUAUUGUUCUUGAGGUCAAAUACCGCAAAAUAAUCGCCCGCCCUGGUGUUCUGGCGACCCCUGAGAUGCGUCUUGAGCCAGCUCUAUAUGGUGCUGUGAUGCUCCCUGUUAGCCUGUUUUGGUUCGCGUGGACAUCGUAUACUAGUAUUCACUGGGCCGUCGGCCUUGUUGGCACUCUUUUCUUUGGGCUAGGCAAUGUUCUUGUUUUCAUCUCCAUGACAAACUAUCUCAUCGAUACAUAUAGCCUGUUUGCUGCCACAGCAGCGGCUACCAACGCUAUGGCUCGCGCCCUCUUUGGCUUCGCAUUCCCCCUUUUCACAACCUACAUGUAUAAGAAUCUUGGCUCACAGUGGGCCUCAUCAAUUCCCGCUUUCUUGUCUUUGGCAUUCAUGCCUCUGCCCUUUAUUUUCCUUCGGGUCGGCUCAAAGCUCCGCGCCAAUUCUAAGUUUGCCAACGAGGCCAAGCAACAACUGGCAAAGCUACAGGAAGUACGACAGAAUGUGGAGAAACUAUUCAAAGCGAAACAUGUUGGUGAUAAUACGAUUUCCUCUGACACAGAGGCAGCUGUCGAGCCCGAGAGGGUCGCCAGUACGAUCCCCACAAAAUCUGAAAUCACCGCCGUUGACCGUUCAGACUCCGGCUCAAAUUGA